CAGCCUCAGCAUCGAUCAUGGACUCCAACCAAGUGGUGGAAAACAUCUACCUCCUGGUCAUCGUCACCCUCGUCAGCGUCCUCCAGAACGCAUUCUUUGCCCAGAAGGUAGAGAAGGAAUGCAUGACCCACACACCUGCCUCUGACAGAGUGUCCUGUGCCAAUCGUAACUGCAUGGACGUGUAUCCCACGUUCCUGGCAGUGAUGUGGUGUGCCGGCGUUUGUCUCAAUCAAGCUCCUGCCGCCUUCGCUGGAAUCAUCUACCUCCUGGUCAGGCAGAAGUACUUUGUCGGAUACUUGGGACAAACCUCCCAAAGCACCCCCGGCUACCUGUUUGGAAAACGCAUCAUCUCCUUCCUGUUCCUGAUGUGCGUCGUCGGCAUCUUCAAUUACCUGCUGCUGCGUUUCUUCGGCAACGACUAUCACGAGCACGUGCAAACCAUCACCAACGCCGCGUCUGCUCUUCUCCUCAUCCCGUAGUGUCGUGCACUUCACAACAGCUGCACUCAUUUAUCUUUUCACUGAUGACAACUGUUGCAUUAAAGCAGGUUAUUGUAUUUG